CUAAACUGACCCUGUAUGGGGGAUUCGGCUCUCUCGGGUUGUGUUAAAUGGGCUGUUAAGUAAAUCACAGACGGAUUCGCGCAGACAGUCCGCGGCGGCGCUUUAAACGCCUCGGAUUGACCGGAAACGAAGUGAUUUAGCCAGUUAGCCUCAGAGCUACUCUAGACCCGCUAGCUGCUCGGCUAACGCAGCGCGGCGGUGUCCCUGCUGCUGUAGACUGAAGAAGGAUGCAGACGAUAAAGUGCGUCGUGGUUGGCGAUGGGGCUGUGGGGAAAACAUGCCUUCUCAUCUCGUACACCACCAAUGCUUUCCCGGAGGAGUACAUCCCCACCGUGUUCGACAACUACAGCGCUCAGAUGAGUGUGGACGGUCGCACGGUCAGCCUCAACCUCUGGGACACAGCGGGGCAGGAAGAGUAUGACCGCCUGCGCACGCUUUCCUACCCACAGACCAACGUCUUCAUCAUCUGUUUCUCCAUCGGCAGCCCCUCCUCGUAUGCUAAUGUUCGACACAAGUGGCAUCCCGAGGUUUCACACCACUGCCCCAGCGUGCCCAUCCUCCUCGUGGGCACCAAGAAGGAUCUGCGUUCUGACAGCGAAACCGUGAAGAAGCUGAAGGAGCAGAACCUGGCACCCACCACCCACCAACAGGGCAGCGCGCUGGCCAAACAGAUUAAUGCGGUUAAGUAUUUGGAGUGCUCAGCGCUGCUCCAGGAAGGUGUCAGAGAAGUGUUUGCAGAAGCGGUGCGUGCCGUGCUUUACCCAGUCACCAAAAAGAAUUCCAAGAAGUGCGUGCUUUUGUAGUCGCUUUGCUCCCCCAGGAGACUGCCAGUGGAAAUGGACACGCAGCAGUCGGUGGACAGACGUACAUGGGAUGAUCCUGGUGUCGAUAGCCAUUUUUCCUCCUUCACGUCUCUCUCUUUUUUUUAACCACUCUACGUAUUGUUUUUGGCUCCCUGAUUUGUGUUUUGCAGUCACCAAAGUAUGCGCUCUUCGCUGUAACUGAACCAUUCGCUCCUGUUGAUUUUUAAACCACUCUCCUUUCUGGCCUCUUUCCUCGUCUCGGAACGAUGUGGUUGUCAAGAUCGCUUGCACUUACCUCAGUGACUGUGGAAAACGGAAAACGCAACAUAAAUGGAAAUAUUCCGCUAAUAAAAUAUAAAGCAAUACACAUGAGGUUGGUUGAGGUUCUGACCCGUGUUGGCCCGGUGGUGGAGGAUGACGGUCGCCUGAGCUGGCAGUGAUUACUUGAGCAGCCUCUGAGGAGAGAAGCAGAGCUCUUCCUUCUGUCUGACAUGACACUUCUUCUACAUUCAUAUUUGUUUUUAAUGUACUCAGAAAUCCAGCUCUGAUUAUCACCCGGUGCAAAAACAACAUGCCAGUGAGAAAAGACCGUUAAGUGAUCCGGGCUCUAUUGGCAAUAAGCCAUGAUCUUGAUUCUUAACUAAAUACCUGAGAACGAGCUUUUUUCCCAGAACCUUUUUGAUAUGCAUUGUAUUUCACAACUGCCAGUGUAACAUCCAGGAAGUCAUCAUGUUAGCUGAGUCGGGUCUCAGUCUGGUGUGAUGGGCUUCUAAAAUAUGUGCCUUAUCCAAAAGGUCACAGUGGGUUUGGGCUACACAAAAGGCUGUAACUGUAUAUGGAGGCUGUAUGACAGUACCUGGCGGAGCUAAGUCUAGUCUAGUCUUGUCAAAAUGACUGUACUGUUAUCAGACUAUCAUAAGUCUGUAGCCCAAACUUCCCUGUUGCCUUUUUCUUUCGUUUAUGCAUAAAAAAUUUACCCAUAAAGAUCUAUGGAAUGCCUUACUGACACACCUGCAGUGGCCUCGUAAGCCUAAUUCUAAAUGCCUGAUCUAUUUCUAAAGUUGUCCUUAAAGUCCCUGCCUGUCUUUUUAUAAAUAUCUGAAGCUUCCCGACGUCGUUGCCUAGUUACAGGUUCUCCCGUGUGCCCUCUGCCUAUGACUGAGCACACGAUUCAGUAACGGCCGCAGUGCUGGGACGGAAGAACAAAGCCAUGAAAGUAAAUGGAGCGUUUGUCCCCUGUGCCCGGAGGUUGAGCACCAGGCAUCCGGGCUGCUCCGGUCGGAACCCUCAGUGUCUAGCGCAGUGUCAUUCCCAUGACGCAUCGCUGCAGGACUGGGUGGAUGUUCUGGAUAUUUUACAGCUACAGUUAACAUAUCAUAUCUGCCCAGCACUUACACCCGGUUUAGUCACAGGCAUUAGCCCCCAUAUGGUGGAACCAUUCGCAUGCAGCGUUAUAUAUUUACAUAAAGCUGCAACAUUUACUCCUUGAGGAAAAUAAUUAGAGGAAUAUUCUUGUUCAUGCAGGUUCUGUGGGAUGAUCAUAACUGACAUGUAACUUUUGGGAUAUGAAGCUUAUCGACACCAGCUGUUUUUUACUGACUAAUUGAAAUGUCAAUUCUUGAUUGAGGUAUUAGUAAAUGACUUUGCAGUGCAUGUGCAGACUGCUGCAGUUUGCAGAUACCGAUAUCACCAUAUCGAGACCUGGUUACACCAGAAUAUUCAGAAUACACAUAACUGGACUGGUCUUUGGCUCUAACACAGAUAAUAAGAGCAUAUGAACGCAGGAAAGUUGUUUUUGUGCCUUUUUGUUUUACACUCUGAAAUGCUUGAUACCUGUGGGCUGCGGAGACGCUGUUCACAGUGACUGCCUUAAACAGAAAAAGGUGCCUUUUGUACUCAACCAAAAUCAUGUUUAUUGUCUGGUUUAGAUCCCUAAAACACCCCUGAUCUGUUUCUCUCGGUCCAGACAGUGAUUUAAUAUUUGGCAAACUGCGUUACAUAAGCUUAACCGUAAGUCAGAGUGUUUUGCAUCUCAGAGGCGAGUCUAAGUGUAAUGUGGUUGUGAUGAAGGCGGCUGCCUUUCGGUUUUAAUCAUCUGGAAAUGUGAUGCCUGUACGCCUGCACAUGUGUGAUCGCCAUCUCGGGUUUUGUGGCAGAUACAAAUGCAAAACUGACAUGACUGAACUCUACUGUGGUUUCAAUGCUGAAGGGGCACCUAGUUUCCUUCUCAGCAUCAUGCUAAAAAAGAUGUUGCACAUUUCUGUAUGCGACAAGGUCUCCGAGUUGUUGUAACGGUUAGACGUGCAUUUCAACUCUUAAUAGCUUUUAUUUUGCAAUUUUACUUUUGAUUUUUUGUCUACAAAACAGCCAAAGAGUGCCUUUGGAUGCAAAGAUGUCAGAUUUCUCUUAUUGAGUAAAUGGACCUGCUCUUUUGUGAGUAAUUUUUAAAAAAAUAGUAAAUAUCUUUAUAAGCCAUUGUUUAUUUUUGCUUUUCUUGCCUUUUUAUUGGAUAGAAUACCACAAAAACCAAAUUCACUGAUCGAUCUGUUAUUGUCAUGGAGGUGUUUGUGAGAGAAAAGCCCUCAGAACUGAAAACUGUGGAAAGGAUGAAUCUGAGAGCGACUUGUCUGUUGGUGAACCAUUCCUUGUUAUUUCUUUCCCUUCUUCACUGUAAUGCUGUCAGAAUUGAACAGACGAGGCCCCACGCCGCCUCCGUCUGCCUGCUAUGGUGUAUGGUACUACAUUUAUACACUGGGAACUUGAUUUUGUCGAAAUUGUCAUUUUUAUAACAAAACAUUUGUAUAAAUGAACUAACAGUGUAAUAAUUUUAAAUUAUGCUAAAUAAAAUUAUAAUUUACGAUUCA